CAACGGGGCCACAGGUGCACUAAUGCUGCACACCUGGGUGAUGGUUCAGCUGUUGUUGGCGGCUGCAGCUCCUUUCGCUCUGUCGUCUGUUCCCGCUGCAGACAUGCUGCUGCCGCCGCUGCUGCUUGUUUUGCUUCUGGGGAUGUCGUGCUCCGGGGCACCGGGAGGCCCGGUUGCACGUCGGAUCUGGACGGAGGAUGCAGACUCCACAAAGUCAGAGACGGGUGGAGUCACUGCGUUUUAUCGCCUGCCCAUUUUCCUGCACGCAUCCGGCCCGCUCGUGCCCCCAGAGCUGUUCAGGCCCGCUCCGUUCCAAGCGGCAGUACCUGCCGGACUGACCGCGCUGCUCAUCCCGCCAGAGACUCAGCAGCAAAGUCCACGUGAUGUGGGGGCACGCGCCGUGGAGGCCCGGUGCGGGAUGGACGCGGUCUCUGUGCGCGUUGACCUCCACCGACUCGGGGCCUGGACCGUGCCAUCCAUGAUGUUCCGCCUGGGCUCCUGCGGGCCCACCGAGGUCACCUCUAGAUUCAUCUAUUUCCACUAUGGGCUUUUGCAGUGUGGCGGGGACCUUCAGGUUGUUGGUGGUCAGUUGGUAUAUACCUAUUUACUGAGCUAUACGCCAUCUCCACAAGAUCACGUCAUCAGAGCUUGGCCCCUCAAGCUUCCCAUUCACUGCCAUUACAACAGAUUUCAUUACUCGUACAAAGUUGGCUUCGCACCACAGGUUCAGCAUACGACAUUCCUGAAGCGCAUCAGGAGUAAACUAACAUUCAGCCUCACCGUCUGCAAUGCCAACUGGGAGCCCCUCCCUCCAGGCCACACAUUCCUGCUGGGGGAGUCGGUGUAUUUUGUGGCUCGGGCUGGAGUGCUGCUGGCUGGAGAAAAGCUUCAUGUGGAGUCAUGCCAUGCUACAAGCUCUGAAGAUCCAACCAACUCACUUGAAGUGGACAUCAUCAACAACUCUGGCUGCAUGAUGGACAGUGUCAGAGAGGGGAGCAGAUCCCAGUUCCUCUCAGGAGGAGGCAGUGUGUUGAAGUUCUCUGUGGAUGCUUUUCUCUUCAGAGAAGUCUCACAAAUGCUGUACCUCCAUUGUUCCCUUUCGGUCAGUCUCGACGUUUCUGUAACGGCAAAAGCCUGCAACUACAACAAGGCAAUUGGCAGGUGGGAGGAGCUUUCAGCCCCGCCAUCCUUGUGCUCCUGCUGUGAUUUUGAAUGUUCAGACUCUGAAAGCUUGCUCAAGAGCAAAGUCAGAAGUUUAGGCUGGAAUGUUGGUCAAAAAAACGGACCAGAAAAGGAAGACCUUGAUCUCCCAGCUCCGGAUGGAGAAGUGGUUGAUAGAAAAGAGAGGCACCAAGAAAAGGAAUCGUACUAUAAAAGUUAUAAGACUUUUCUGAGUGACGUCAAAGAUGACGAUCAGGAGAAAUUGAGAGUCGACCUCAGGGAUGAGAAGCCGUGGAAUUUGACUGGAUUCAGCCUGGACCAAGUGAAGGAGAGAAGACUGGCAGAUUUGGCUGGCUUGGAAGCCGAGCCUGGUCAGAAAAAACUUUUUCCCCUUGACAUGGCUCUAUCAGAUGAAGGCCGAUCACACCGGAAUGAAAGUGCUCCCCCCGCUGACGACCUCCCACACCUGAAGAAAACCGAGAUGAGUUUAUCACAUGACAAAGGCAGCAACACUUUGAUCGAUGGGUUUACAUCCACUUUUGCAAGAAGUUCUCGUUUUGGUAGCACUCCUGGAUUUCGAGGUGACAUUCCCCCCGCAGGUGACCCCAUGGGCGCCAAAUGUUCCGACAUUAUGUGUGGGGCAGUUACUGGUGCACUUCCCCGUGAACAGGAACCCCUCGAAGGGCAGAAGCGUGAUGUAGCUACUUUCACUGAUAUAGAAAGCCUUAGCCCCUCUCUUGGAAAAAGUAGCUCUGGUCUUAGAGACGGAGGUGUUCAGCUCGCCACCAGUCACUUGCGUGGAAAUCCUCCAGUUUUUUCUGAAGUCAGAGUUUCAGACACUGGGGGCUUAGAGUUGAGGAACUGGAACAAUGAGCUGUGGUCAGAAGAGCACGUGUGUUUCAACAGAUCCACAUCUGACAACAUAUCAGUGCGAGCUGUUGAUUCCCUAUCCAGUGAAGGACAUCAUGGAGAUGAUGUCAUGAUCAGAGGCCAUGACUCAAACAAGGCAGCUGGGUCAAAACGCUGGAUUUGUCUAAAUAAAGAGUUAAAGUUGGACCAAAGUACAGAUGGUUCCUGGUUCAACAAAGAGCCAGAAGCACAGUUGGAUACAACUGAAGGGGCUCUGUUUUUUGGCUCGGGGUUGAAGGAUGGAGUCAACUCGAACCGCUCCACUACAGUGACUUUUGGCAGCAGUUCAGACACGGAGAGCAGCCGGCUGGCGGACCGGCAGUGGGCUGAAGUGUUGCCUGACUGGGACAUGCAGAGUUUGAGGGUUGUGGUGAAGCAGACCAAGAAAGAUGACCCAGGUCAUUAGUUAUUCCUUGGGAAAUGCUGGCUUGUUCCAGUGUCUUGAAAAAGCUUUCUGAAGAGAAUGUCAUGUUCUGGUGUCCGAUUACAGACUCAGAAAACAGGCUGCUACUUUAUCUUUUAUAACCCCAGGACAGCAGGCGGCUCCUUCCAAACCCUGCAAUGGGUCAUCUCAGAACCUUUUAUUUGCUUUAGAGAUCUGGUUCCAGAAGAUUCUCCUUGAGUGAAAAAUGGAAGGGGUGUGUUUCUACAGAACAUCACCUAAAAACAAACCGGGACAGGACUUUGACUGACGAACUUUGUUCAGACAUUGUUGAAUAAACUGAGUCGAUCUUUAAAA